UAACAUGCAUUCAAGUGAAUCCGCACAAAAACAGAAAUAUUUCGAUAAAAAAGUCAAUUUCAAAGAUAAAAAAUGAAUGUUCGUCAAGAAGUGUUGAUUGGUUGGUUCGGUAUCGUUUUGAACAUAUUAUGUGUAAUCGUUUUCGAAUCAACUGGCCUUGCUGAUGAUAUUAUUACAGGAUCAUUUGUGUACAAUUUGAUAGGCUGCAUCGUCUGGCUUGUUGGGCUCGGAUUGAAUUUUCCAUUACUUUUGCUUCUUGACUUGAUCUGGUUUGCAAUACCCUUGUCGAUUUGGGCUAUUCAUGUAUUAGGCAUAUUGUGUCGAGAUGGCUAUGGAGGACAAAGAAGUUACUCCUUCUUUUGGUCGGCAGUCUUCAUACUUGUUUUGAGUGCCAUUUAUGACUACUGGAUAUUUAAAAUUUAUUUUCACUUGAGAAAGUCCCGUCAGUCAAAUAAACAAAUUAUCACCUCGAAUCCACCGUCAUAUACAUCGGCAUCACUGACAAAAGCUGAAAAUGUUUAAUUACUCAAUAUUAAUGUUCUAUUACUCGAAGUACUAAGCAUUAAAAAAAAGAUUUAUUUUCU